AUGGCCAAUAAUAAGACUUUCUCGGGAAACAACACUCCUGCGCAGUACGAUAUAAUCAUCGAACAACCGAAGCUCGUCUCCGUGGUCCUCGUUCUCAUUUGCGUCGCGACACUCAUCUACCUACUGGCUAUAUUUGUACGAUGGAAGCACAACCGACUAAGGGACCUGGAGUGUGUCUUCAUGCUCAGCGCUUUCGUCUUCUACCUGGUGUACGAGAUUAUGCUGCUUGUGUCAAUGCCUCUAUUCUAUCGUCUGAAUGCCGUCAAUCUCGGUCUCAUAGAGAAGUACCCGACCGCCCUUCAAGAUAAAGAAAGAUUCAUACUUCUCCUUUUUGUGAACAAUUUGAUAUUUCUUUUUCUGCUCUGGUCUGUCAAAUUUGGUCUUCUUGUACUCUACCGUCGCUUGAUGAUCGGGCUACCACGCCAGCUCAAGGUUUGGCUGGUUGUUCUGGUCUAUACGGCCAUCACAUUUCUCUUCUCCUUCAUUACCACACUCACUGCCUGUGGUGGAAUUUCAAAUCUCCAAAAGGACCUGCGCAUUAUGGUUCUUCCCUUACGGCUCAUAUGGGGACUACAGAUGUCUUCAAGACGAAAACUGGCUGUUGGCGCUCUAUUUUCCGUCGGUAUAUUUUGUACCAUCACUGCGACUAUUCGCCUGAUCCAGAUUACCUCAAAGACCAGAGUUACAAACCCCAACGCCUUAUGGCUAGCUCUCUGGGGUUCGGUUGAGUCGACAACUGGCGCUGGCGCUUAUACCACUAGCAAUACCGGGUGGGCCAACAGUCGCAAGUUUCAUUCUAUCCAAAUGCAGCCCUAUAGUCCGAACAACACCCGACACGUAACAACCGUAUACGGGGGUCCGGAUACCUCUUCAUCGCGAGAGAGCCUGGCUCCCAAGAAUGGAGUGCUGGUCACCACGCAACAUCAGGUAUUUUGGCCAACGUAA